AAAAAAAAAAAAAAAAAAAAUACAUGAAAGUCUUACUUUAAUGUAAAUAUGCAUUCAAAAUCAAAUGAGGAAAUUGAAGAGGCAAUAGCCAUUUUAGAAGAAGAAACUACAAGACGGAUAGAGGACCUUCAGCAUCGUAUUGAAUUCAUUUGUGCUUCAUUACGAGCUCAAGGGAACACACAAAUAAAUAAAAUGCUCAUGUCUGUUCGUCAACUGACUGUUAAAGAAUUUUGUGAAUAUUAUGAAGCAGAUACUCAAAAGUUUCUAGAACAACAAGCAAAACAACGAAUCAUAGGUGGUGGUGGAUUUGAAUUUAACAAUAGGAAACAAAAAUUAGGUUGUAAUGGAAGUAGUUAUAUGGAAGUAAAAGAUUUAACAGAAAAAAAGAAAAGGAGACUAUCAAGUCCCAUAAUUGAAAAGGUUGAUGAGAUGAGAGACGAAGAAAGUAAAGGUAUAGAACAAAAAGAUGCGGAACCGAUGGAUGAACAACAUGAAGAUAUAGAAGAGGAAAACAUGAAAGAGAAAGAUAUAGAAAGUGAUAUAGAAGUUGAAGAAGCAACAAAAGAGAUGAUAUCUACCACAGAAGAAAAUAAAGUUGAAAUAAUGGAACCUUUGUUAUCGGAAGAGACGCAGAGUGAGGAAAAUGACAAGAAUGUUCAUCGUCAACAUGUUUUGAAGCCAUUAUUGGUUCAUUUAACAAGACAAGAUCAUCCAGAAAUCACGAUUCACUUAGAUCCUGAAGAGACGGCUGAUAAGCUUGGGAAAUUUACUGUUGAGAAGCCAUCAGAGGAGGCUUGGGUUCAAUUAAAUGAUUCGCAAAAAUUGCGUAUACGUGAACAAAUCCAAGUAUUAAAAAAUGAGUUAGAUUCUUUAAUACAAAGUCUAUCGUAAAUAUUUUUGUAAAUAGUAAUAUAUGAUUGACAUAUACAUGUUUUUAUUAUACAAUACAAUAUAAAAAUAUGUAAUAGUAAUGGUUUAU